AUGAUUACCUUUUGGAUUUCACUCGUUAUUUUGAUGGGUUUUCGAUCUGUAGUGACAGCUAUGCAAAUAAGUGAAAUACAAGAUGCUACUUAUCAUCAAUGUGGUGGCAUGGUAGAGGGACUCAGAGCUGCUGUUACCACAUUUGCUCGGGACAUUCUGCUUAACGAACAGACCAUGGGAAGGGAUUGCUACAACCAGAGGAACCUUGCGCCAGAAGCUAGAAUCUUUCACCCGCAUGUUGAGAUCAUCGAGAUAAUCGAUGAUAAAAAGGAAAAUGUUGAAGUAGAGGCCUUCUUGGACGGUAUAGAGAACCACAAAUACUGGCGCAGCGGGUACAGAAUAGAUCGAGUUGAACCAGUUGAAGGCUCAAGAAUGAAAGUUUCUUGGCCUUUACAUCAAGGAGUUAACCCGGUCAUUACCUUUGGACUCAUUGGAUCAAAUUGGAAGAUUUUCAAGAUGGAAUUUGCAAAUGUUCGCCCUCCGUCUCGUAAGGACGCGGACGGCAACAGCAUAGACGAAUACCCCCCUGACAGCCCCUGA